AUGGGUAAGGUUCACGGAUCCCUCGCGCGUGCCGGUAAGGUCAAGUCGCAGACCCCCAAGGUCGAGAAGCAAGAGAAGGCCAAGCAGCCCAAGGGCCGCGCCAAGAAGCGUCUCUUGUACACCCGACGGUCACGGCAGAGGGCAUGCGAGUCUCGACCGCCAUCGCUCCAUCAUGAGGCAAGGAGCGGAUCUGCCAUCGCUAGCCUCAACCUGCUCUGGCGCAAGGUGGUUGCCACGCGAAUAUUCGUGAACGCCGUCACCACCCCCGGUGGCAAGCGCCGCAUGAACCCCAACGGCGAGAAGUAA